GGCGAACUUCAGUGAACAGCUACUCAGUAUUUUUUUGCCAAGUGUUGUUGGUGAUGGUCUUGGAUAAGUGUGGCAUUUUGCGGGAAACUCGUGAGUAUAGUCUUCAAAAUGGACAGUGGAAUGGCACAGAAGACGUGGGAGAUGACGAAUAGCAUCGAAACUAUACAAAACAUGGACGAAAUCUACAAAUACGACAAAAAACAGCAACAAGAAAUCCUGUCAGCAAAACCGUGGACGAAAGACAAUCAUUAUUUCAAGUACAUCAAGAUUUCAGCACUGGCUCUCCUCAAGAUGGUGAUGCAUGCGAGGUCAGGGGGCAAUCUAGAGGUCAUGGGGUUACUCAUCGGAAAGGUUGACGGUGAGACCAUGAUAGUCAUGGACUGCUUCGCUUUGCCAGUGGAAGGCACAGAGACCAGAGUCAAUGCCCAGGCAGCAGCUUACGAGUACAUGGCAGCUUACAUCGAGAACGCUAAGCAGGUUGGGCGUCUGGAGAAUGCGAUAGGUUGGUACCAUAGCCAUCCCGGUUACGGAUGCUGGUUAUCAGGCAUCGACGUCGGGACCCAGAUGUUGAACCAGCAGUUCCAGGAGCCUUUUGUCGCCAUUGUGAUUGACCCAGUGAGGACUAUAUCUGCAGGCAAAGUCAACCUUGGCGCAUUCAGGACUUACCCAAAGGGUUACAAACCUCCAGAUGAGGGGCCGUCCGAAUAUCAGACAAUCCCUCUAAACAAGAUCGAGGAUUUCGGAGUGCACUGUAAGCAGUACUACUCCCUGGACGUCUCCUACUUCAAAUCGGCUCUGGACCGCAAGCUCUUGGACUCGCUGUGGAACAAGUACUGGGUCAACACGCUCAGUUCCUCCAGCCUGAUUACGAAUUCGGACUACACCACAGGGCAGGUAGGGGACCUAUCAGAGAAGCUGGAGCAGGCAGAGGCCCAGCUGGGGCGAGGCAGCUUCAUGGUAGCCAUGGACCACGAGAAGAAGGCCGAGGAUAAGCUGGCCAAAGCCAACCGAGACAGCUGUAAGACAACAAUAGAGGUCAUCCACGGACUCACAUCCCAAGUUAUCAAGAACAGACUCUUCAACCAGGUUAACAACCGCUGACAUCAGUUAAGUAGUCGGUGAAACCACAUGACAUGGUCAAGUUAUCACAUUUAUGUAAAUAGUGUGCCUUCAGGAAAAGGCCUAGUCAAAGAGUCCCGACUUACUGUGUUUCCUAAUGGAUUUGAGGAGUAGCCUGUAAACCAGCGCAAAUGUGCAUUCAACCAAGAAAACACUCAUAUUUAACCAGUUCAAGGCAAGUCAAGUUAAUAUCACUAGUUAACGGUUGAAUAGUUUAAGAAGUCUGCUAAUAUCACACUAAAAUUUGCAAAUAGUUUGGCAACCAACUCCUUUUCACUACAUUGUGCAUACUUGUAUGUGAAACCUUUAUCACUUUGUGAAAAUAAAAAAAAACAUUUUCAGACUUUGUAUCUUUGCCAAGUAAGCUUCUGCACUGAAAAAUACAAAUUUUUUCUAAAUAACCCAAGUUUUGCAAGUACAUUCGUUGCGUAGAAUUCAAUAGGUGUUUAUUCUAUUUAUUAACGCGUUGACACGUUAAAGAACAUUUAGGUAAAGGGCCGAGCAUAGAUUUGCUUUUGUACCCUGACCUAUUGACAGACAUACAUAUUAUAACAUAGGACAACACAAGACAUGAACAUGUUUUGGGCAAUGAUACACAUACGGACAAACACUGACAGGCAGGAGAUAAAUACAAUGCAUCAAAAUACAAUACUAGUCGGUACAGGUGAUGUAUUCAGAAAGUAUUAGAUUUUUCAACUUUACAGCAAAUGUUAAUAAAGUGGGCGCUGCUUUUACAAGUAAUUUUAGAAUCAUUGGAGCUUGAAGGUACUUUGUAUGGUACCCUGUCUCCUUGUUACACAUGGUUAUGUACUUUUUCCUCGUCACAACAGUAAAUAAAGCACUUGAUGAAACACAUGA